UUAACCCUCUUUAAGAAUUUUGUUUUGUUGAGGUUGAUCCAAAUUAUUUCUUUCUGGGGUAAAGUCUAGAUUUUUAUGUUCUUCUGAUCCAAAGUUUCUAUUUUUGUUAUCUGGGUUUUGUUCUGUUCUCAGUUUCGUCACGUUUUCCCCUUGAAAAAACCAAUUUUGUUUUUGAGUGAAGUUUCUAGCUACUCCUCUAUAGCUUUCAAACGUUGACCAAAUUUGUUUGUUCUCUCUCGUUUUCAUCGACGACUCUUGACUUUUCUGAGAAGUUGGGUUUAUCUUUUGAUCGAAAUCGACAAAAGAAGAAUCUGAUCUGCAAUUUCCUUACAGGGUAUAUAUAUAUACUCCUCUCUUUGGAUUAUGGGUUUGGAAUCUGUAGCUUUCUCUUGAUAGUGAAUGUUCUAUCUUGAUCAGGAAUUGUAAGAAAGAUGGGUUCUUUCAAGGGUCAUGCUUUGCCUGGUACAUUGUUCUUGGUAGUUGGAGUAUGGCACAUUUGGAGCUCAGUUGUUAGAUACAUAUCGAAUCCUAGUUCAUUUCGGGUUAGAGUUUGGCAUCCUGUUCCUGGUUUCAAUGAUAGGAUCAAGUACUUGGAGCUUUACGUUGUUACUAUUGGCUCGUUCAUUGACUUGUGCAUUGAGUUCUUGUAUUCAACUCAUCUCAAGUUCUUUGUUAAUGGUGUUUUGAAUCCUUCCCAUAUGAAUGACUUUGAGCACUCUGGGAUGCUUCUCAUGUUCUUCAUCCUCGGAUUUAUCGCUUUGCUCUCCGAGAAAACAAGGUUACUUCCUCUGCCACAAGAAGCUCUGUGUCUAAUCGCUGCAACAGCUUUUACGGCAGAGUGUCUUCUCUUCUUCUUCCACUCCACAAGCCACAAAGGUCUUGAAGGUUAUUACCAUCUCCUCCUCGUCUUUCUCAUCGGUCUCUGCGUCAUCUCCUCAAUCGCUGGAGCAAUCUGCCCUACAAGCUUCCCAGUAGAUCUAUGCAAUGGCAUUGCAAUGACUCUUCAAGGCCUCUGGUUUUAUCAGACAGCUUUCACUCUGUAUGGCCCUAUGAUGCCUCAAGGCUGCAGUUUAAAACAAAACUCUGUAGUUUGCAGAUCAGUUGAUUCAGAAGUCUCAGGAGAGUUUCUGGCUAAUUUUCAGCUCUUUUCAUUGGUUCUUGCUGUUCUUGUUUGCGUUGUGGGUUCAUAUGUUUUUGCAGCUUCAAGAUUUGGAGUAAGUAGAUGAGAGAUUUAGUAAGUAGAAAUUAGGAUUUUGUUUUCCUCUUCUUCUUUGUUUCUGAAUUUCAGAAAGAAAUAAAGUAAUAGUCUUUUUUUCUUCA